AUGGCCAACAACAAAUUUAUGGAUCCUACCCCCGCUAACCUUAGACUUCCCGAUUCUCUUGAUGACGUUCGAGUUACAAGUCUACCACAAGCCGCCUACUACAUCUCAGAUUUCAUCACACAAGAGGAAGAACAAGCGAUUCUUGACAAAAUAGCCUCUGCACCGAAACCACGUUGGAAGCAAUUAUCCCAUCGCCGACUGCAAACCUGGCCGUCCGAUCUUGUGAAUAAUAAGUUGAUGGAUGCUCCCUUGCCGACUUGGUUGAGUGAUCCGAUUGUGCCGCGUCUGAAAUCGAUCCGACUCUCACAAGAACUCGAUUCGCCCGAUAUAUUUUCUGAUAGUCCCCACCAGAAACCGAAUCACGUUCUGAUCAACGAAUACCCUCCCGGCAUCGGCAUAAUGCCUCACAAGGAUGGGGCUGCGUAUCAUCCUGUUGUAUGUACUGUGAGCCUCGGUGCUAGUCUCUGCCUCAACAUCUACAAACCCAAGGACGACGGCGCCCUGGAUCCUAAUCCAGCGUGGAGAAUAUUGCAAGAGCCUCGAAGCCUGCUCAUCACUACCUCUGAUCUUUACACUGAUUUUCUCCAUGGUAUCGAAGAUAUCACGGAAGAUAUUGAGCUCUCUAAUAGUACGAUUGCCAACUGGGAACUCCUACAGUCACCUGAAGAAUUUGCAAAUGGUUGCAACGUACGAAAGACGCGUACCAGCUUAACGUAUCGAGACGUGAUGAAAGUAUCCAAAUUGGGAGGCAAGCUUGGGUUUCUGCUGAAAAAAUGA